GGCCGGCGCGGCGCUACGUCUGAGCCGCCUGAAACUUUUCCCCGAUUGCCGCGAAACCAAACUUUCCCUGAAAACUCUCUCAGGUGUUCUCUAGUGAUAUGUGCCAGUGAAUUGUGAAUGGAAAAAUUUGAACUCGUAUUGUGGUAUAUUUCCUAAAUGCGCAAUGUCGGCAUUAGGUAUGGGGACGAUUGUGAUAAUCGCUUUGCAAACAAUGUAUAUAGAGGUUUUCGUGCUGUGUGCCUUUAUAUAUGCCGUUUUUAUUAGCACAGUGAGGCGAGAAGGUCUCGCGUAGAGAACAAAGAUUUGAUCCGCUACUGGUUGCCACCGGGAACAAACAAUUUUCAUAAUGGAGACCGGCACAACAAGUACCACAGAUGACGACGCGGACUGGGCAAAGAACACCACAAUAGAUGACUACUUGGGACACACAGCCGUAAAUGAAACCCUUGAUUCGCUGUACGACGUGCCGACGGGCAUGAUAGUACUGCUCUCCGUGUUAUACGGCACCAUAUCAGUGCUGGCGGUGGUGGGGAACUUCCUCGUGAUGUGGGUGGUGGCCACCUCCCGGCGGAUGCAGAGCGUCACCAACUGCUACAUCGCUAAUCUCGCGUUAGCAGAUAUCGUAAUAGGACUGUUUGCUGUACCAUUCCAAUUUCAAGCGGCGCUCCUCCAGCGGUGGCUGUUGCCGUACUUCAUGUGCGCGUUCUGCCCCUUCGUGCAGGCGCUCAGCGUCAACGUCUCCGUGUUCACACUCACCGCCAUCGCCGUGGAUAGACAUCGAGCGAUUAUCACCCCUUUGAGUGCGCACACAUCUAAGCGGAUAGCGAAGGUGGUGAUCGUGGUGAUUUGGGUGCUGGCGCUAUCACUGGCGGCGCCCAUGGCCAUGUCCUGGGAGGUCAUCAUGGUGCCCGCUGAACAGGAUCCAGAUUCAAAACUAUACUACGAGAAGCCAUUCUGCGCUCCCUCUGAAUUUGGAUCGAAUUCCCUUGCAAUCUACAGACUGCUCUUGUAUAUAUUUCAAUAUGUAAUUCCACUGUUUGUGAUAACGUUCGCGUACGCGCACAUGGCCAAGAAGCUAUGGGGAGCGCGUGCGCCGGGCAACGCGCAGGAGAUACGCGAUGCCAACCAGAUGAAGAAUAAGAAGAGGGUAAUAAAAAUGUUGGUGUUGGUUGUGGCGUUAUUCGCAUUAUGUUGGCUUCCUUUACAAAGUUACAUGUUGCUACAAUCAUUUUUUCCUUCAAUCAAUGAGUACAGGUAUAUCAACGUGCUAUUCUUCUGUUUCGACUGGUUAGCUAUGAGCAACUCCUGCUACAACCCUUUUAUCUACGCUAUUUAUAAUGAAAAGUUUAAAAAAGAAUUUAAGCAACGUUUUACGUUUCGGCAGAAACGAAACAGAUUUCUAAACGACAGCUACGAGGAUGGGCAGUCGUAUAGAACAAGGAUUUUAUCAAUACGGUCGACGCACGACCGAAACACUUACACGACUAGGAAAUCAAUGAACAUGACUCCUAUCGACUCCUUGCGGGUUUCCCGGAGUUCGUGUCAAUUCACAAGAAACGGCAACACGAGGAGUUCGUUAAACGAGAACUUAUGUAGAUACAAGACCUACGAAUACGGCUCCUACAAAAGCGACGAAAUCAACGAUGACAGAGCGACCAAAAGAAAGAAAUUCCUAGAAGGACUCUGCGAGAACGAGAUGCCGAUAGGCGACGAGAGAGUCGGAGAACUGUACAUAUUUCCUAAUAGUGAGGUUGUUGAAUUUACAGACAUUCUAUGUGAUAAUAGAGUAUGAAUAUCAAAUUGUAAGAUAAUAAAUUAUUUUAGUGG